AUGUCGCAGACUUUUACUCAUGUCUUCAUAACAGCAACCAAUGGGCUGCAGCCUGACGACAAGCAGGCGAGGAAACAGAUACGGAAACAGGCCAUGAGCAAGGUCGCCCAAGCAAGGCGGAAACGAGGCGGCUAUGGAAAGCACAAUUUAAUACAGUAUCCAGUUGAGAUACUGCCUGUCAGUGAUGGCAAAGCUGAUCAUCGAGUUUCAGUGAAAGCUGUCAUUCCUGCUCAUCUCGCUAGCUCCCCAUACGAGAAAAUGAGGAGACGAUACAACUUCGAUCUUCUAGACCUAUCUCAGUUGACGUCGUUCCACGUUGGCUAUUCGACGGCAAGCUCCCUGGCCAGCAAGCCCACGAUGUUGAUUGAUAUCCUCGGCCAUCGGAAUUGGUCGUACCUGAACUACUUGCCGAGCCGGAUCGGGCAUAACGGCGCUUUAGACAAGGCUGCCGCGUGUGUGGCCGCUAGAGCUCAACAAUGGCUUUCUUCCCCUUCCGAACCGGUAUCCAAUAGCAUCUUGAAGCUGUACGCGAGUGCAUUGGCAGCUCUUCAAGCCGAGUUACAGUGUCCCAACGCAUGCCUUCGACCAGACGUGCUCUGUGCUACUCAAUUACUUGGAUUAUACGAACUGUUGAAAAUGUCGACCGAACACGCUUGGAGAUAUCAUUCUACGGGGGCGACUGCGUUGAUCCAGCUUCGUGGCCCAGGACGCUGCGAGACCGAUUUCGAGAAAGCACUGCUGCUAUCUCAUGUUGGACAGAUCUUCCACGAAGCGCUCAACGUCAACCAGAACUGUUUCUUAAGCGAUGGCCCCUGGCAGGCUGCAUUGCGCUCCCUCCCCACAAAUGACAAUUUAUUCUCCGAUAGGAGCAAACCCAUUGUAUCACUUUUGACAAAGGUAUGCCGCGUGCCGCAAUAUUUCCACCAGGCGUCGCAAAUUGUGUGCGUUACGCGCCAUGACACUCCGACCGACGUGAUUGAUGAUGUGGUGAACAAUUUGCAUCAGCUUCGUCUCAAAAUUUCACUUUGGUAUGAAAAAUUCUUUGAGGCAACCAUAGAUGACUGCCCCAAUGAAAUGAUAGACAAAGAUAGGCAGCAUGAAGCUCUGGGGUUCAGCUUUGCCGUGUCUAUUAUACUAAACCGUAUGCUCUUCUGCUUAGAUCCUGUGGCGAAUGCCUCCUGUGAAGAGACAGCGCAGGCAAUUGCUUCGAAAAUCCUUAUGAUUAAAGCGGAGGGGUUGUCGACAGUAUCUCAAGCUGAGCUGUUUAUGGCAAUCAAGAUUGCCGUCGCCAAGGUUACCCUUGCUACAGCAGAAAGAUGGAAAGAUUGGUAUACAAGUGUGUGUACUCAAUCCGAACCUCCAUCCGGACGACAUAUAAUGCCAAAGGAAAUAUUUGUCGAUUGGUUUCAGAGAAUGAACUGGAAGACGCUUUGCUAA